GAUACAUAGUUGCUGUGUCCAAAUCGUAUAUUAUCGCCGUAUUUUCACAUCAGUCAAGAUGAAGGGGUACCUGAAAACCUCGGGGUGGGUGUUUAAACUCCAACCCAAAACCACGACUGUAGGAAGACACGGGGAUUGUGAUUUAUGUUUGCAGAAUGGAGGAGUUGAUGAGCAUCACGCCCUUAUCGAGUGGAGCGACCCCGAGCGCUGCUUUGUCCUCAGUGACUUGAACUCCGCCCACGGCACCUACGUCAACGGCUGCCGUAUCCACAACGCCGCCGUGCGUCUAAGCCGAGGGGACGAGCUGCACUUUGGCUACGGAGGCUCCUCCUAUCAGCUGGCUGUGGACAUCCCUUCUCCGCUCCUCUGCUCUCUUAUGAGUGACCGGCCCUCCUAUCAGAGCUCCCUACAGCUGAAAGAAGAGCCCACCCGUACCCCCUCGCCCUCCCCCCUGUUCCUCUCCCCGUCCUCCUCUGCUGCCCAGCUCCCCUUCCUGGCCCCCCAGUCCUCUGCCCCCGUGGCCUGGGUGUGGGGGGGCUCCUCGGUGACCCCGCGGCCCCCCAGCAAAGCUCGCCCAGCCAGUGCUGGAGCCAAGAGGGCGGGGAAGCAGACCUUGGAGAGAGGGGCCGCUCCUCGUAGACCAGGAAGCUGGACUGGGAACGCAGAGAAGCUCAGACAGAGUGGGCCCUCUGAGAAAGUCGAAGUGAACUCCCCAGGUUCUCAGACCCUGCAGCACCUCUUACAAGAGAAGGACGAGAGGCUGUUGAGGCUGGGGGAUGAGCUCCAGCGCCUGGCUGUGUUUGAGGGCGAGUCCCAGAGGAAGGACGGGGUGAUCGCUGGGCUCCGAGACGAGGUGUCUGCCCUGAGGCAUCAGCUGACCCUGAGCCAGGCCCAGCCAGAGAUCAAACACAGACUACGCUGUCUGGAGAGGGACAUCAACGACAAGAAGGAGCAGAUCCAACGGCUCAAGGAACAGAUGCUGGAGGUGCAGCAGAACUCUGUGGAGAUGUCCAGGCGUUCUGUGACGGAGAAAGACCUGAAGAUCUGCAGUCUGAGAGGUCAGAUGGACAGACUGAAGAGGGACGGCAGCAUUGCCUCAGGCCUGGUGGCUAGCCUCCAGAGAGACCUGGCCUCCAGGGACAAGCAGACUCUGAAUCUGGCCUCUGAGGUGGACAGACUCCGACAGGACAUCAGAGCCAAGGACAUACAGCUGGGAGCUAACGCCACCAAGUUCACCAAAAUGACCAAGAGGCACCAGGAUGAGCUGGCUGUCUAUCAGAAUGAGGUGUCAACUUUGAAGAACAGCAUUGAGAACUUGGAGGUCUCUUCGAGGGAGAGGCAGAGGUGUCUGGAGCAGCGAGUUCUGGAGAACGCCGCUUUGAAAAGCAGGUUUGAGAAAGAACUCGAGGAGCAAGCUUCCCUAUUGGCUGCAGCUGAGAGGCAGAGGGAUCAGCAGAGAGGCCAAGCUGAGCUGGUGGAGCACAGGGUGGAGCAAUUUCGUUGCGAGUUGCUAAAAGCGUUACAUGUUGAUGAUGUGGACUCCACGUCCCAUGAUGCUUUGACAGAUAAGCAGGAGCUGGAGCUUCUGACGGAGGUGCUGGAGCAGCGGAAUGUUCUGGAGACGAGGGCAGCAGAGCUGCAGCACCAGCUCACAGAGAGAGACAGCGCAGCAGGAGACACAGAGACACUGAGGACCAGACUAGAGUCCUGCCAGAGUCUCGUCCAGGAGGCUGGUUCCUCAGACGCCCUGCAGAGGGCGAUGUCUGCCUUGCAGGAGGAAGAGGAGGGUGUGUGUCCAGUUCUGGCCUGGGUACAGGCCUCCGUACUCUCUCUGUUGGGGGCCCACCAUGCCCUUCUAAAGUCCACCAGCCAGAUUCUGCUGGAGGCUGGCGUAGAGAGUCCUGGAGACACAGGAGUCCUGAGUGAUAUUCAGGCUUUGAGCCAGGAGUAUAUGAGAUGCAAGGCAGAGCUGCAGCAGGUGAAGGUAGAGCUGGAGGAGGUGAGCGGGAGGGAGGGGCAGAGCAGAGGGCUGCUGGACCAGCUGACCACGGCCACAGAGCAGCUGGAGGAGGUGAGACAGCAGGUGGCGUGCCCUGCAGGAGGAGGCCCGUAA